AUGACCCAGUGUGACCUCAAAGAAAUUAUGGUAGCUACACCAUAUGAAGGUUCUAUGGCUGUUCCUGCAGCCGCAGCAGCUUGUGAACCCAAGACUAACGAGCCCUACCCAGCUCCACGUCUCUCUGUUUCUUCAAGGACAACUAUGGUUGUGACCAUGGAAACUGCCUCCCAGGGCUUGCAGACAGUCAUGAAGUGGAAAACAGUGGUUGCCAUCUUUGUUGUGGUUGUAGCUUAUCUGGUAACAGGAGGGCUUGUCUUUCGUGCCCUGGAGCAGCCCUUUGAAAGCAGCCAGAAGAAUACAAUAGCCUUGGAAAAGGCAGACUUCCUUCGGGAACAUGUUUGUGUGACCCCAGUAGAGCUGGAGACACUGAUUCAGCAUGCCAUUGAUGCUGAUAAUGCAGGAGUCAGUCCCAUAGGAAACUCAUCCAACAACAGCAGUCACUGGGACCUAGGAAGUGCCUUUUUCUUUGCUGGAACAGUCAUCACAACCAUAGGGUACGGGAACAUUGCCCCAAGCACUGAAGGAGGCAAAAUUUUCUGCAUUUUGUAUGCUAUCUUUGGAAUUCCACUAUUUGGCUUUUUGCUGGCUGGAAUUGGAGAUCAGCUGGGCACCAUCUUUGGGAAGAGUAUUGCAAGAGUGGAGAAAGUUUUCCGAAAAAAACAAGUGAGUCAGACAAAGAUCCGAGUGAUCUCCACUAUCCUCUUCAUCUUGGCAGGCUGCAUUGUCUUUGUGACCAUCCCUGCAGUCAUUUUCAAACACAUUGAAGGAUGGACAGCUUUGGAGUCCAUUUACUUUGUGGUUGUCACUCUGACCACAGUUGGCUUUGGUGAUUUUGUAGCAGGGGGAAAUGCUGAUAUCCAUUAUCGGGAAUGGUAUAAACCUUUAGUAUGGUUUUGGAUUCUUGUUGGUCUUGCCUACUUUGCUGCUGUCCUGAGUAUGAUUGGAGACUGGCUAAGAGUUCUAUCCAAGAAGACAAAAGAGGAGGUUGGUGAAAUAAAAGCCCAUGCAGCUGAAUGGAAAGCCAAUGUGACUGCUGAGUUCCGGGAAACACGGAGGCGACUCAGUGUGGAGAUCCAUGAUAAACUUCAAAGGGCAGCCACCAUUCGGAGUAUGGAGCGGAGGCGCCUAGGGCUGGACCAAAGGGCCCACUCAUUGGAUAUGCUCUCUCCAGAGAAGCGCUCUGUCUUUGCUGCCUUGGAGACAGGACGUUUCAAGGCCUCAUCUCAGGAAAGCAUCAACAACAGACCUAACAACCUGCGCCUUAAAGGAACAGAUCAACUCAACAAGCAUGGGCAGGGGGCAUCAGAAGACAACAUCAUCAACAAGUUUGGCUCUUCAUCUAAGCUAACCAAGAGGAAAAACAAAGACCUGAAAAAGAGCAUUCCAGAGGAUGUGAGGAAGAUUUAUGAGACCUUUCGAAACUACUCCUUGGAUGAGGACAAGAAGGAAGAGGAGACUGAGAAGAUGUGCAACUCAGAGAACUCUUCUAGCACAGCAGUCCUGACCAAUUGUAUCCAGCAGCACUCGGACCUGGAGAAUGGAAUGAUCCCCACUGAAACCAAAGAAAGGGAACAUGAAAACAAAGCAUUACUUGAAGACAGAAAUUAAAUGUAAAAGAUGCUUGACUUUAAUUAACGUUAGUGUU